AGAGAGAGAGAGAGAGAGAGAGGCGGGGGUUGUACGUAAACUAUAUCGUGGAGCGGCGAGGGAAAAGCCAUAGGCGCGCGCUUCUUUCUCCCACCUCCUCUCCAUUUGCUUUCCAAUCACCUCAAAACCCUAACCCUCUCCCAUACCCCACCUCAUCGAACGCUCGAGGAGGAGGAGGAAGAGGAGAUGGAGAUGGACCCUCGGCUUCUGAAGAAGCCGAAGCUGGAGGAGCCCUCCGCCGCCGAGGACGGCGGCGGCGGCGGCGGCGGCGGCGGCGCCGGAGACGGUGAGUCCGAGCGGGAGCAGGAGGAGGCCCUGGUGGCGUUGAUCGAGCACCGCACCAAGGAGGUCCAGCACCUCAAGCAGAAGCUCGCCUACUACAAAUCCCAGUUGGAUGAGGCGGAGAAGAGGUUGGGCGAUUCCCAAUCCAAGCUCGGGCGCCUCCGAUCGCGCUCCAAUGGCGUUAAUGGGGGGAUCAAAGUUGAGAAGAGGUCGCCGAGCCCUGUUCAGAUGAAUGGGACUCCUCAUUCGAGGCCCCCGCCUCUGCCGCCGUCGUCGAGGCCGCAGCUUCUUAUACCGGCGCUUAACACAAAGACGCAUUCCCCGGCGGCAGAUUCGGGGAGUGGGAGGGCGGCGAAGGCGGAUUUGAUUCCGGCGAAAGCACCGGCGGGUGUUUCCAGCAGAGCAGCCUCCGGCAUCUCUUCGUCUUCGUCUCCGUCUCCGUCUCAAUCCAAUAGCGGUGUUGAGAGAUUAAAACAAGAAUCUUUGAGCAAAAAUAAGGUUGAGAGAGGCUCUUUUGGGUCGCAAGAGAAGACUCAGAAGAGGGUGGAGAGGAAGCUUGCACAAAAAGAACACCAGGAUGUGAUUCCAAGUAUUCGCAGCCGUUCCUCGCCCAGCUUGCUUCGAUUCCAAACUGCCACUGUUAAAUCGAGUCAGCACAAAAGGAAGUUGAGAAGUCUUGAGCUUUGUCCAGCUAAUGAACAACUUUUUGUAACCAGUGCGUUGGAUGGAGUUGUGACUUUAUGGCAAUUGCAGGCAAAAGGGCCACCGACUGCCUCAUUGCUUAGCACGACAGAUUGUCUAUCUCCAAAGCAGCGGAGAUGGCCUGAAGAUUUAACGUGGCAUCCUGAUGGUGAUAGCAUAUUUGCUGCGUACAGUGCUGAUGGUGGUGAUUCUCAGAUUUCAGUUUUAAAUCUCAAUGUUUCUGGAGAAAAAAAGGUUACCUUCUUAGAAGCAAAGCCGCAUCUAAAGGGAAUAAUAAAUAGUAUAAAUUUCAUGCCUUGGGUUGAUUUAUGUUUUGUGACUGGUGGGAGUGACCAUGCUGUAGUACUUUGGCAAGAAAGAGGAGACACAUGGAACCACAAGAAAGUUCACGGGAACUUGCACUCUUCUGCUGUCAUGGGCAUUUCAGGAUUGUAUCAAAAGAAAACCAUACUGUCAGCUGGUGCAGACAAAAGGAUUAUUGGUUUUGAUCUCGCUGCAGGAAGAUCUGAAUUCAAGCAUCAAAUAGAGAGCAAAUGCAUGAGCGUGUUGCCGAAUCCAGCUGAUUUUAACUUAUUCAUGGUUCAAACAGGAGCACCUGGGAAGCAGCUUCGGUUGUUUGACAUCAGGCUACGUCAGACUGAGAUUCACGCAUUUGGGUGGAAGCAAGAGAGCAGUGACUCCCAAUCCGCUUUAAUUAACCAAUCGUGGUCUCCAGACGGCUUGUAUAUCUCAUCUGGAUCGGCUGAUCCUGUGAUCCACAUCUUCGACAUCAGGUACAAUACCCAUAGUCCCUCGCAAUCGGUGCAAGCUCAUCAGAAGCGUGUGUUUAAAGCUGAAUGGCACCAAUCGCUUCCGCUGAUGAUCUCCAUUUCAUCCGAUCUUAACAUUGGACUGCACAAAGUUGGCUGAGGAGUUUGUUUUCUGGAAACCUUCUUGCCGUGCUGUUUCUUUCAUAAUCCCAUGUUUUGCACGAAAAUUCCACCCAUUUUUUGAUUUUGUAGCUGUUGUCCCGCCUUCUCUCUUUUCAUGAAUGCCUAUCAAGACAUUCGUGCAUGGACCAGAAAGCCCUAGCUGGAGUUCUACAGAUUAUCAUUAAGUUGACCUGUAAGUUACAAUAGAAGAAAAAACAGGUGGAAUAUUUUCUUUUGCGGAAAUCCCUUCUCUGUAUCAGCGAGGGACGACGAUUUUGACUGCUUGACACCGAGUUGGAGAGCUCUUCUCAGAGAUCACAGAUGUUAGAGAUGAGAUGGAAGGACUGCCGGUACUAGUUGAGGAGAGAAAUCAGCAUAGUGUUCAUGUAAAAGUUCAUAAGCUACAUUUUUGGUUCCAAAGGUUUAAUGCCAAGGAGAUAAUUAUGUGUACUGUUCUCUGAUUAUGUCAGGAUGAAUAAGUUUGGUCAAAUUACAGCAUUGUGGUGAAGUCACCUUUUGUCUCCGACUCUCAGUUUGUUUAGAAUGGAUUAUUUUCUCAAAUUGCCCUUAA